GCAGUUCGCUGCGGUCUCUCGUCGCGGUCGGUCACGGAAGAGGCGCUCCCUCGCGACAGCAACCCCCGCAGCCCCCGAAGACGACAUGCGCGCGGCGACACGCUAGGUCACCCUCCCUCCCCCUCGCGCGGGGUCAUGCGCGUCCCCCCGGCCAGUGACAGGUGUCCCCGCUGAUCUCGACUGUCCGUGUCGGCAUGCCGUGCUGAGCCGAGCAGAAGCGACGAUGCUGCGUCCCGUGGCCUGCUCGCAGUGGCUGCUGGUCGCGACCUUGAGCUCCGCCCUGCUGCUGCCAGGUGCGACGGGCGACGUCAACAGCCUGGACCUGGUGACGGAGGAGCCGGCCUUCCUCACUUCCGGCAGGACCUUCCGCAUCAAGACCAAGGACACCGUGGUGCUCCCGUGCGAGGUCACCAACCCAGGGCGCUACGUGCUCGCCUGGAAGAGAGGCAUCGCCGUGCUGACGGCGGGCAACGUGAAGGUGACCCCCGACGCGCGGCUCAGACUCGUCGACGGCUACAACCUGGAGAUCAGCGACGUGCAGACGGGCGACGCCGGCUUCUACGUGUGUCAGAUCGGCACGCUGGAGCCGCAGGAGAUCAGCCACUCCGUCGAGGUGCUGGUGCCACCGAGGAUACAGCAGGUGUCGUCCAACGGCGUGGUGGAGGUGAAGAAGGGCGCCACCGUGACCUUGGAGUGCCGCGCCUCGGGCAACCCGCCCCCCACCAUCACCUGGACGCGCAAGAACAACAUCCUGCCGUCGGGCGAGCAGUCCGUGGAGGGCUUCACCAUCACCAUCGAGCAGGUGAACCGUCACCAGGCCGGAGUGUACGUCUGCUCGGCCAGCAACGGCGUGGGCGAGCCGGCGUCGGAGACCAUCGGCCUGAGGGUUCUGUACGCGCCGGAGAUCGAGGUGGAGCGCAGCUGGAUCCACUCCGGGGAGGGCUACGAGGCUCAGCUCGCCUGCAUCGUGCACGCCGAGCCGGCGGCCGAGGUGGUGUGGUACCGGGACAGCCUGCGCGUGGACCCCACGGAGCGGCGCAUCCUGGAGAACAGAGGCAGCCGCCGCACGCUCAUCAUCAGGAAGGUGCAGUUCUCUGACUUCGGCAACUACAGCUGCGUGGCGGAGAACGUGCUGGGCAAGGCGCGCAACUUCCUCGAGCUGUCGGGCAAGCCGAACCGCGCCGUGUUCCGCAGCCACCCGCUGGGGCGCUACCGCGACAGCUACAACAUCACGUGGUCCGUGGACAGCUACACGCCCAUCGAGGAGUUCAAGCUGUUCUACCGGCGCCUGCCGCAGACCGCGCCCCACCACCAGCCCGGGCUGCACGCCUCGUACUCCAAGUGGCCGCAGCGCCGGGACAACGACACGUACCCCUUCGUGAGCUACGGCAUGCGCGGCGAGUGGAACGACGUGAUCCUGCCCGCCAUCCCCUCGGAGCUACACACGCAGCAGAUGUCGUACCUCAUCAAGGGGCUGGAGGCCGGCGCCCAGUUUGAGGCCAAGGUUCAGGCCAAGAACCGCUUCGGCUGGAGCCUCGUCAGCGACGGCUUCCAGUUCUCCACGCGCAGCGCCGACUACGGCUCGGCGCACGACCUAUCGGCGGACACCUCGCUGCUGUCAGAGCCGGAGGUGCGCGACCUGAGCAUGACGGUGUUCAACAGCGUCUCGGCGCACGAGGCGUCGGCGUCCCUGCUGCUGCUGGCGGCGCUGCUGGCCUCGUAGUCGCGUCUCGCCGCGCUCAGAGCCAGCUUCAACAGUUUCGCAGUAGCCGAACCCAACUCCAGCUGGCAAGACUUCAGGCACUUUCGUUUGUUUUCUCGUCGUUCCUUUAAUUAUUAUUUUCUUUUGUUAUUUAACGUAGGUGAAAAUUUUUGUGGGUUGUUGCGAGAUGUCAUCCCCUCCCCUCGAGGAAAGAAGCAACGCCCCCGGCCCUGGGUGCAGAACACCCUUAAGAACCCACGCGUGCAGAACACCCUUAAUAAGCCACGCAUGUCAGGAUCCCCAGGAUCCCCAGGGGCGGCUGCAAGAUGUCCUCGGGUUCGCGAGGUGCUCCGUGGGCGAAGGACGUCUCUACCGAUGAUGUGACUCUAUGGCUCAUUGUAUCCCCGUGUUUGUGCGAGUGCGCGCCAGAAAGCACCAGACCAAGACUGAAAAAAAAAAGAAUAUAGUGUUCCUCCGUCAGAAAACAAAGGACAAUGCGUGUCGCUCUCCAGCCCGGAUGAAGGCUACGUUAGUGAAAAGGGAAGUGAUGGAGAAAAAAAAAGGAUUGUGACGAAUGCGCUCCAGUGAAACGAAAAAAAAAAACUAAACCAAAAUUCAACAAUGUUUGUAUGUACCUAAGAAUAACUCGUGUUUAAGGUGUCAAAGAAAUCUUUUUAUUUUGUAUGUGUGUUAAUUUGUUUUACUUAAAGGGGUAAUUAAUUUACAGAUAAAAUAAGAAUGUUUGUGAUUAUCCUGCUUUGUGACAUCCAGCCUUAAUGUGUCGUAAAAUAAAAAAAAAGGUGGGGGGACGUUGUUUUAACCGUUUAUUCCGAGAGAAAUAAUAAUACAUAAUCUCGUUAAAAAUGUUUGUAAUGUAAAAUGUCUAUUUAGAAUUUGCUACUGUGUAAAAUGACUGUCGUUCACCAAAAAAAAAUCAGUACGUUUGAUUUUAUAUAUAUUUAAAUUAUUUUAGUUUAAUGAAUGAUGUAAUGAAAAAUUCUAUUUGUAAACUUUUGAAACCAUCGUUUUCUUUUUAAAUUUACAAUAUAUGUUCUGGUGUACUAUUAAAAACUUGAAAGUUUUUUAAUAUCUAGUCAUUAUAAAGUCCUGUUCACAUUUACAAGACACUGGUUUGUUGACUGCAAAAAUGUACACACAAAUCCUUGUUGCUCACCAAUUAUUUGUAUGUAAAGAACGAUGGCACAUAUGUAAGCUUUGUAUUUUACUGCACAGAUAUUUGUGUAAUAAAUAAACGUCAAUUUUGACAUUAGU